AUGUCUUUAUCUCAGGAGUCCAAAACAGACUUCAAAUGGUGGAUUGAUGCAUUACCAUUAGCAUUUAACCUUAUCAACCAUGGGGACCCCCAAAUCAUGAUGACAAUAGAUGCACCUUUCACAGGAUGGGGUUGCUGUUUUGAUACAGUCACUACUGGAGGGAAUUGGACUCCAGAAGAAGCUGCACAUGAUAUUAACUAUCUAGAAAUGCUUGCUACAAUUUCUGGCAAGCAACCUCGUCCCCAGGACUGUCUGUCAAGCAUAUCAAACUUACGGUAAAUAACACCACUGCCAUGACAAUGAUAAAGCAAAUCGGAACAUGCCACUCUGGGGAAAACAAUCACCCUGCAAGACAAAUUUGGGAGUGGUCCAUAUCUCGUAAUGUUUGGCUCAAGGUAGUACACAUUCCAGGCAAACAAAAUACUGAGGAAGGUGAAGAGUCACGCCUGUCUGGAAAGGAAACCGAGUGGACAUUACAACCAUCUCUCUUCAAAGCUGCCUCUGACAAAUUAGGUGUUAUCCGAGGCAUUGAUCUUUUCGCUUCAAGGCUUAAUUAUCAUCUGAAACCCUAUGUUGCCUACAAGCCAGACCCGGAGACACAUGCAAUAAAUGCAUUUCAUGUGUUGUGUUGUUGAGUCGCCUUUUGGUGACCUAAAACUUUACAGUGGAAUUAAGCCAGACAAAAUAUUGAUCACCAUAAAAAAAACACAUCAAGUGUAAUUUUACAUGAAGGGUUAUCCUGCUGACCACAUUGAUUACUGGUACUUCAUUUUUUCAUGUUUCGUGAAUUGGGUGUUCCAAGUUGAUCCUCAGGUAAGCUAGUUAAGCUGCUGAAGUUGAUUUCUGAAACAGUUUCCUUCCAUAGAAUUUCUUCAUAUUUUUGUCAAGUGUCAGUAGCUUUUUCUGCAGCAAAUGGAUCUCCAACAGCAAAAAGAGCCUUUAAAUUUCUCAAAACAUCGUCUAACUGGCACACCAUUGUUAACUCCAUUCAAUGGUUAAAUAAGAGAAAGGUUGUACUUUUUCUUUUGUGUAGCGCUAAUUAAUGUUAGACACAUGUUAACUCAUUUAGAGCAGUACCCUGUCUGGCACGAAAUUUCUUUCUGACCUCAGUGGCUGCUAGAAAAAAAAAACUCAAAUCUACAAUUAUGCAGUUUCCAGCGUUGCUUUAAUAGUCAAGUUGCGUACACUUGGGAUAAAAGCUUGAAACUGUUAUAUAUAUAUUUUUUAAUUUACAAAGCCAGGACAAUGUCUGUAAGAACAGACGCAUUUUCCCAACUUUGUUUUUCAACAAAGCAUGUGCAAUAAAUACUUUUUCUCGUGGGACAUCCAUUUUUGCGUAAUACUCAUUUUUCAAAUGAAUUUUUAACCACGUGAUUGAAUAUAGCCCUUGAUUGUCAUUGUUUUUAAAUUGCUUGACGUCUAAAUUGCCGUAGCAAAAACCCUGAGAGCAGUAGUAAACAGCUUGCUUCAAAACAUACUCACCUUAAUACUUCAAGAUAAUUCCAUUUUUGUUGUCAUCUGACCCAGUUCCCGCAAUGGCUCCCCAACUUUCAUGCCUACAUUGCAAUUGAAUUUGGACACCCUGCGGCAUCUCAAGGCUUCACACCGGGACAACAGGGUGAAAGGAGGAAUACAAAGCAUGAAUACGGAACGUAA